AUGACCAAGAAAAGGAGGAACAAGGGGUGCACCAAGAAGGGCCAUGGCCAUGUGCAGCCCAACCAUUGCACCAACUGCGCCCGCUGCAUGCCGAAGGACAAGGCGAUCAAGAAAUUUGUCAUCCGCAACAUCGUGGAAACUGCGGCCGUCAGGGACAUCUCCGAGGCCGGCGUCUUCGACUCCUAUGUGCUAUCCAAACUGUAUGUGAAUCUACAUUACUGUGUGAGCUGCGGGAUCCUCAGCAAGGUAGUGAGGAAUCGCUCCCGUGAGGCUCAGAAGGAUGGAACAUCCCUGCCCCGAUUCAGACCUGCAGCUGCUACCCCCAGACCCCCUCCAAAGCCCACGUAA